AAAGUAAUAUGAGUUUUAGAGACGCAUUCCAACCGUAUAUAGAUAAUCCCGGGAAGUAUAAGGACCUUGUUAUUUUCCAUGAUGAAAAUGUAAUCAUCAUUAAGGAUAUGUAUCCUAAGGCAAUCAGACAUUUACUAGUGAUUCCUCGUAAUACACUCGUCUCCAAGAAGCAUCCAUUGGAUGCAUUCAAUACCAAUUACCCUGAAUUUACAGGAGAAGAGUUGUAUGAGUCUAUCAGCAGAUAUGUGGAAAAGGCAAAAGAUAUAAUAAUCAAGGACUUGCAAGAGAAGUUUCAAGUGAAUGCGCAAUCUUUAACUGAAUUCAGAAACACAUUUAUAAAUGCUGGCGUCCAUUCAAUACCGUCUUUGAAUAAUUUACAUGUUCAUGUAAUAACCCAAGAUUUUCAUUCUCCGAAAUUGAAAAAUAAAAAGCAUUAUAAUUCAUUCACCACCAAAUUCUUUGUUCCCUUUGACGAAUUGAAUCCGAUAUAUAAUGAAAAAUAUUAUAAAUUAAGCAAAAUUCCGAAUCUAGACUUAAAUUAUGACUCUGAUUCUGAAUAUUAUAGUGAAACUGACGACGAGAAGCCAAGUUUCAUCAGACAUGUACGCAUACGAUCUUCUUUACAAGAUAUGAUAAAGAAUACCCCGUUCAAGUGCCCUUCUUGUGAACUUACGUUUGCGAAUCUGAUGGUGAAAUUAAAAGAACAUUUAGAAAAGGAAUUCGAGAAAACAUAUCAACAUUUUGGGGAUCCCAAGUUGCUCUCUCCAAAUAAUUUGUAAACAGGGGAUGUAUUAUGUAAACAACCAGAAAAGCUGCAAAAAUAAAAUAGAAUAAAAAUAAAAAUAAAAAUAAAAAUAUUGGGGGGACAGAUAAGACUUCAAAUGUGUAGAUGCAACAAUGCGAGGCUGUAGUUUAUUAUCACCGGCAAUAAGGAUAGACUGCACACGUCCUAGCACCCGUGUAUCGAGCUUCCAUCAUGCACGAAUACUAAACUCCUCAAGAAAAAUAUUCCUCGAAACUAACUUCAGCCGUGCAACUUCAUAAAUUCUUGUCGGAGUUUAGAUCUAUUUCGUAUCUAUCAUAGCUGAAGGUCAUGCCACAAACAUAGAUUACACCCUAGGU